GAAAAGACUGACUGUAGUAAUUGGUUCUUCAGGUUUGACUGUGACUGCUGUAAAGGACUUUGGGGAGUGGAACUUGGAAGCUGGAGCACUGGUGCUUGCAGAUGGAGGCCUCUGUUGCAUUGAUGAAUUCAAUAGUAUCAAAGAACAUGACAGGACCAGCAUCCAUGAAGCAAUGGAGCAGCAAACCAUCAGUGUUGCAAAGGCAGGCUUGGUGUGCAAGCUUAAUACAAGGACGACUAUCUUGGCAGCAACAAAUCCAAAAGGCCAUUAUGACCCGAAUGAGUCUGUGUCUGUCAACAUAGCUCUUGGCAGUCCCCUGUUGAGCAGAUUUGACCUGAUCUUAGUAUUGUUAGAUACAAAGAAUGAGGAAUGGGACCGCAUCAUUUCAUCCUUCAUCUUGCAAAAUAAAGGUUGCCCAAGCAAAUCAGAAAAGCUCUGGAGCAUGGAAAAGAUGAAAACCUACUUCUGCCUUAUAAAAAGCAUACAGCCCAAACUGUCUGAUGAGAGCCACCUGAUCCUCGUACGCUACUAUCAAAUGCAGCGCCAGAGUGACUGCAGAAACGCUGCCCGGACUACCAUUCGCUUAUUAGAGAGUUUGAUACGCCUUGCAGAAGCUCAUGCCCGGUUGAUGUUUAGGGACACUGUGACUUUGGAAGAUGCUGUAACUGUGGUAUCGGUGAUGGAGUCUUCUAUGCAGGGGGGUGCGCUUCUCGGAGGCAUCAAUGCCUUACACACCUCAUUUCCAGAAAAUCCAAUGGCGCAGUACCGAACACAGUGCCAACUCAUAUUGGAGCGACUGGAGCUGCAAGACCUCCUGCGCAAAGAGCUGCGAAGACUUGACAGAUUGCAAAAGGAAAAUUCAUGCCAGCUGCAGCCUGAAGAGACGAAUUUCAGUACUACUACAGCGUGCUUGAACAGGGAUACGUUUGGGCAGUCAAAGCACUUGUCCCAGUCAGAACCUUCAGAUCAACAAGAGACUAAUUCCAGGCCACAGCCUUCUUUGCCUGAAGGGGAUACACACCUAGAACCUUUGUGCAGCCCAGCACACAGUGAUAACAAAAAUACAAACCACUUGAUUACAUGUAGUAAGAGAGGUGACAAUGGCAGCCUGGCAUGGUUUGACAGCCUGGAAGAGAGCAACACUGAUGCUGAGGAAACUUUUGAAAAAGAGUCUCCAGCCCCCAAGAUAUCUCCAAAUAACUUGGCUUCAAAAACCCUGCGUAAAACAUCCUGUUCUGAAGAAAGAAGCGCUUCAACACCAAGGAAAGGAAGCAGAAUGAGAGAGUCAGCAGUAACUGGGAAUCUGCAUGUUCUUUUGGAACAGGACAAAGUUUUCAGCAUAAGCAGGAAAAGGACUGACGAACACAACCGGUUUUCUUCAGAAGCAAAUAUUCAAGACCCAGCAUUGCCAAGCGCCGGUGUGCAGGAUUCAGUUAUUAUGCAGCGGGUUUCUAAAAGCUGGCAGAGACUGCACACGGAGAAAUCACGUGAAUUCUUUACAAGUACGCAGGACCCCAAGACAAAUGCCCUUCUGUCCAUGUUACCUGCACCUGACCUGUCAGAUCUUUCAAGUGAUGCAGAUUCUGUUCUAGGGGAAGCAGAGAACAGCAUAUCUGUAGCAGCAAAAACUGCAACCAUUUCAAUGAGAAAACGAAGUAAAGAUCAAGUGGUGAAGGAAACAAAGGUAGUGAGUACCCAUGAGCCAGAAAUCCUUGACAGUGAAAGUGCUCCAGCAGCUAAACUAGCUAAGUUUUCUUUCAGAGCAAGGACAAAACUUGAUCAUGCUUCAGAGAAGAAAAACGAAGACCGUUCUCUUUUUCAGAGCGAAACUAUUUUUAAGCCUGGAGAACAGCCCCAGGGAAAGCAGCUGCCAGAAGAAUGCUGCCCCCCUGAGAAACGCAAGAUGACAUUGAAUCGUUUAGGAAAAAGUAGUUUGGAAAAACGAUCAACUGAUAAUAAAGGGAGAGAAGAGCAACAGAGUCAGGCCUUAGGGAGAGAGGUCGGAGGAAGUGCAAUGAUACGCUCUGAUGUCAGUUUUGAUGCUGUGUCCUCUCCACCCACUGAAAAGAAGAGUGAAGGAGGGGAGAAGCUUGGUGGCCCAAGCACAGGAAAGGUGCGCUCCAGCACGUUAGCCAAACUGGCGACGUUCUCCUUUGCAUCACGUCCCGAGUCAAAACUGGAAACCUCACCUACUGUUAACAUUGACACUAACAAGGAAGGUCACAGCCCGUUGGUGAAAGUGCGCGUGAGCAAUCCUUGCAGAAGGAAGACUUUUGUGUUGGGAAAUGCUAGUAAAGCCUGUGUGACCACACAGAAACCUCUCUUCUCAAUAGCAGAGCUAGAUGAUGCUGCAUUAGAUUUUGAUUGGGAUGAAGAAGUUAAGAAAAAUCCAAGCACGUAA